AUGUGGUUGAACCUGAACCCCCAAAAACAGGGCCCAUCUUUCCCUUUUACCCUGGUUUCCAGGAAUAAAGCCGCCGCGUCUAGUCAAACACAGAGUGUAGCAGACGAAUCGUCGUUAUCGCCUCCUAACGGUAGAAAAAUUGGACCGAAUAGUUCCAGGAGCCGGCCUAGGAUGAGCUCCAGGCCUGGGACCAAUACAGCUAUCUACCGGAAGGCAAAGGCUUCUGAUUCAGCUAAACACAUUCAGUCAACUUUGCUUAAACUGCCAAAUACAAGAACACUGACACCAGCAUGGCACAAUGUAACUACUAUCUCAAAGCAUCUAACAACGCUGGUAAGUGGACUAAAGUCUAGGAAACCUGGACCCAGGUGGUGGGAAUUAAAUCCAGAGAGUCUCACGGCACAAAGGGGACAGCUAACAGACACGGGACUGUAA